CAAGAGCAGAGGGAAUCCAGUGUGAAAGGAAGCCUUGCAUCUCACCAGGAUGUCUACAAAAAUGACUGCAGUUCUACUCCUGUUACAGCUGAGUAGUCACUUUAGUUCUGGAAGUUGUGGGAAGGUGCUUGUGUGGCCAAUGGAAUACAGCCAUUGGAUCAACAUAAAGACAAUAUUGGAUGAACUAGUUCAGAAAGGUCACGAAGUGACUGUUCUGAUAUCCUCAGCUUCCGUUUCUUUUUAUGUUGAAGAAGGAUCUGCUAUUAAAUUUGAGACUUACCCUUCAGCAAUGUCUAAAACUGACAUGGAAGAUUUUUACAUUGAAGCAAUCAGGAAGCUGAUUUAUGAGCUGCCAAAACAAUCAAUUUGGACAUACUUUUCACUGUUGCAAGAACUGCUAUGGGAAGGUUUUGAAAACUUUUUGACACUCUGUCAAGAGGUAGUUUUUAACAAGAAUCUUAUGACAAAACUACGUGAAUCCAAGUUUGAUGUCAUUCUUGCAGAUGCAUUUGGUCCCUGUGGUGAGCUGCUAGCUGAGCUAUUUGAAAUACCACUUGUGUAUACUCUUCGCUUUUUGUAUGGCUACACGUAUGAAAAAUAUAGUGCAGGACUUUCAUUCCCUCCUUCCUAUGUGCCUAUUCUUAUGUCAGAAUUAAGUGAUCAAAUGACAUUCAUGGAGCGGAUAAAAAAUAUGCUGUAUGUGCUGUAUUUUGAUUUUUGGUUCCAAACAUUUGAUGAGAAGAAGUGGAAUCAGUUUUACAGUGAAAUUUUAGGACGACCCACUACAUUACUAGAGACAAUGUCAAAAGCAGAUAUCUGGCUCAUUAGAACCUACUGGGAUUUGGAAUUUCCUCGCCCAACCCUACCAAAUGUUGAUUUCGUUGGAGGACUCCACUGCAGACCUGCCAAACCUCUGCCUAAGGAAAUGGAAGACUUUGUCCAGAGCUCUGGAGAGUAUGGUGUUGUGGUGUUUUCUCUGGGGUCAAUGGUCAAUAACAUGACCGAAGAAAGGGCCAAUGUGAUUGCAUCAGCCCUUGCCCAGAUUCCACAAAAGGUCAUAUGGAGAUAUGAUGGCAAGAAACCAGCUACCUUAGGACCCAAUACUCGACUUUACAGAUGGAUUCCUCAGAAUGACCUUCUUGGUCAUCCAAAAACCAAAGCUUUUAUAACUCAUGGUGGAACCAAUGGCAUCUAUGAGGCCAUCUAUCAUGGGAUCCCUCUGGUGGGCAUUCCCUUGUUUGCGGAUCAACCUGAUAAUGUCAUGCACAUGAAAGCCAAAGGAGCAGCUCUUAGACUGAAUUUUAUUACAAUGUCAAGUAUGGAUUUACUCAGUGCGUUGAAUACAGUCAUUAAUGAACCUUCAUAUAAAGAGAAUGCUAUGAGGCUAUCAAGAAUUCACCAUGAUCAGCCAGUGAAGCCUCUGGACCAAGCUGUCUUCUGGAUCGAGUUUGUCAUGCGCCACAAAGGAGCUAAACACCUCCGGGUUGCUGCCCAUGACCUCUCCUGGUUCCAGUACUACUCUUUGGAUGUGCUUGGGUUCCUGCUGGCCUGUGUGGCAACUGUGAUAUUUGUCAUCACCAAAUGCUGUCUGUUUUGUUGCCAGAAGUUUGCUAAAACAGGAAAGAAGAAGAAAAGGGCGUAGUUGUAUUUAGACCCAAAGCUGGGAGUCCUGUCAGAUGGACCUCCUCCAGUUCAAUUUCACAAGAAGAGAUUGUGAACCAGGCUCCUUCUUCUGCUUACAAAAUCACUUUUCAAAAUUUAUCUCAUCAAGACACAGCCCAGUUUUCCAAGAUAUACUGCUUGUUUAAGAGUUAGAACUAUUUCAGGACAAAGGGAGAUGGGAAAAAAAUAAUAAUAAUAAAAUGAUAUAAGUGUCUAUUGAAAAUUACUGCUGGAAUUUACAAGUUGUACAAUAUUAAUUUACUGAGCUGGCCUGUGGUUCAUAACUCAUUCAUGGAUACAAGAACUUUCAAAAGUAUACUCAUAGUGUCAACAUAGAUUUGCAAACACUCAGCAUGGUUUAAUUUCACUUGGGUGUAGAGUUUUGUAGUGUUAACUUUUUCUGAAUACGGUAUUCAAUACUUAAAAUUGUGCAUCAAGAUUCACCCUUCUCUUUUGUUUUGGGAGACUGGUAGUGCUGGCUUGUACAUCCAGCCUUAGCAUCAUUUCUCUUCAGGACCUGAUAAGACUUUUAUCUUCUUCUUGCUAAAGUCAUUUCCAAGAAAGGUAUGUCAAAUAAGAAAUAUACUGUUUCCUACCUACA